AUGGGGGACGACGCAUCCGCGGAGCGCCUGCGUCGCGGCGGAUACACCCGCGAGAGGGUGCGUUUCACAUCUCGCGACGGCGUCGUCCUCGCCGCCGACCUCUUCCUCCCCGCCGGCGCCUCCCGAGCCUCGUUCGACGACGAUGGCGACGACGCGCCGGGUCCGCGAACGAUCGUCGCGGACCCCGCGUUCAGGGACGGCGCGCCGCACGCGAUGGUGACGUGCCACGCGCACCCCAAGUUCGGCGGCUCGCCCGACAUGAUGCACCGCCUGUGCGCGCACGUGGCGUCGUCGGGAUGCGCCGUGGUGAACCUCCACCUCAGAGGCGCGGGGUCGUCGGGCGGGCGAGGGUCGUGGCAGGGUACCGGGGGCGAAGUGGACGACGCGCGUGCCGCCCUUGAUUUCGCCGUCGCGCGACUGCGCGCAAACACGGUGCACCUGAUGGGGUACUCGUUCGGCGCCACGGUGUUGGGCGCGGUGAUCGAUCACGCGCCGCAGGUGGCCACGUACGCCGCCAUCGCGUACCCGCUGGGCACCUACCACGCGUGGAGCAAAGGCCUAGCCGGCUUCGGCGCCAAGCUGCUGAUGCGCGCGCACUGCGCUCCGCUGCGCGCCAGCGCCGUCCCAAAGCUGUUCGUCAUUGGCACCGCAGACUGCUUCACCAAGCGAUCGACGCUCGAACGAUUCGCGCGCGGCUGCGCGGGGGAAGAGGGCUCAAACGCGUACGUCGAGUUCGAGGGUGCCGAUCAUUUCGGCUUCGUCGCGUCGCCGUGGAGCGGUCGGGUGUGCGAUACAGUGCGGGGAUUCAUCGCGGACGUCGCCGCUCGUUCGCGUGCGACGGGGGGGACGGGCCCGGUCGGUUAA